AUGAGAGCUGAGUUCUGUACCAAAGAUGCAUUACAAGAGUUGGAACAAGAGUUUUGGGAUCUGAAGAUGAAGGGAGUGGAGAUUGAGAAGUAUAUUCUGAGGUUUAAUGAGCUUGCCAGGCUUGUGCCACACUUGGCUUCGACUGAAGAGAAGAAGAUCGACCGUUUUAUUUGGGGCUUGAUCCCGGAAGUCCGCCGUGCUCUUACUAGCAAAGACCCUAAGACUAUGUCAAGAGCCGCUGUACUGGCUAAGACUUUGACUAAGGAUAUUAUUAGAUCAGGAGGGUUGACUGAAAAUGCUAAGAAAGGGAAAAGGAAGGCUGAGGAACUGGUGGAAAGGAAAGUUGAGCCACCAAGUAAGAAGGGGAAAAUCUUGAAGAACUAUGCGGUGAUUGUAGUGCCUGAACCUACUAGAUAUUCUAGAGCUUACCCAAAGUGCACCCGCUGUAAUCUUCAUCACACUGGUGAUUGUCCUGUCUGCUUCAAGUGCCAGGGAAUUGGGCACAUGGCCAAGUACUGUAGUGUUAUUUCAACAAAUCCGCUCAGGAACAACCCACCGCCAGUCGACAGAAAUCCACCUGCCAGGAACACUCGACUUCCACUACCACCUGCUGCUCCAGUUCAAAGGAACCAGAACCAGAACGCCCAAGUUCAGCGUGCUGCUUAUCCACGCAGGCCUAAAAACCAGAACCAGCAGAACAAUCAGCAUCAGCAGAACCCACAAGGCCCAACGAACGCCUGUGUUUUUGCAGUGAAAGCUGAGGAAGCUCGUCAAAACCCUCGGGUUGUGACAGGUACUUUCCUUCUGAACGAUCAUUAUGCUUCUAUACUAUUUGACUCCGGUGCUGAGCGUAGCUUUGUUGCGCUAGAAUUUAAAGCUAGAACUAAAAUGAUAACUGGUAAACUAGAAGAUAAGUAUGUGGUAGAGUAUGCUAAUGGCCAGAAGUACGGUACCAACGAAAUUGUUCUAGAUAGCCCUAUGACCUUAGUAGACAAGAACUUUACUAUCGAUCUAAUCCCUGUUGAGAUUAGUAGCUUCGACAUUAUCGUGGGAAUGGAUUGGUUAUCCAAACACCAUGCGACUAUUUGUUGCCACGAGAAGUCAGUUCAUAUACCGCUAUCGAACGGCGAGAUCUUAAUUGUCCAAGGCGACAAAUCUACGAACGAACUUAAAAUCGUCACGGCCAUGAAAUUUCGUAAGUACUUGGACAAGAAAGAUCAUCUAGUGUACUUAGCUCAUGUCAUCGAUAAAAGUGCUAAAGAGAAGAAAGUUCAAGAUAUCCCCAUUGUUCGGAACUUUCCUGAUGUCUUUCCUGACGACUUACCAGGUAUUCCACCUGUUAGACAAGUCGAGUUCAAUAUCGAUCUAGUUCCCGGUGCAGCGCCUGUCGCUAAAGCACCGUAUCGUUUGGCUCCUCCCGAAAUGCAAGAACUGUCCAAUCAAUUGCAAGAACUCUUGAGCAAAGGCUUCAUUCGUCCUAGUUCAUCCCCUUGGGGAACACCUAUUCUAUUUGUGAAAAAGAAAGAUGGUUCCAUGAGAAUGUGCAUAGACUACCGUGAACUGAACAAAUUAACCAUUAAAAACCGGUAUCCCCUACCUCGCAUAGACGAUCUGUUUGAUCAAUUGCAAGGCGCUUCGUACUUUUCUAAGAUCGAUCUACGUUCAGGAUAUCACUAG